CUAAAACCAGUAAACUCAUACUAAAGAGGCGUGAUCCUCAGAUCGACAGCAGGGAGAAGAUUGACCCGGAAUUGUGCAGUUAUGGCUGUGGUAUUGGAUUUGUUGAAGAUAAGCUGCUAGAAGACGGAAACAUUAAAUCCAAGAAGAAGAAGAAGAAGAAGAAGAAGAAGAAAAAGUGGUUGACCAUAAGCUCCAGGAGGAUGAAUUUGCCCAUGGCUUUGUUGAUGAUAAACUCUUGGUGGAUGGAAUGAUUAAAUCCAAGGAAAAGAGGAAGAAGAAAUUUGUUGAUAAUAAGCUGCAGAAGAAGGGUGAUGAUAGCGAAACCAGUAACUUCAUACUCAAGAAGCGUGAGCCUCAAGGUGACAACAGAGAGAUGAUUGAUCCGGAUUCACGUUUUUAUGGCUCUGAAAUUGGAUUUGUUGAAGAUAAUUUGGUGUUAGAUGGAAAAAUUAAAUUAAAGGAAAAGAAUAAGAGGAAAAAAACUGUCAAGGAUGAUGAUGCUGAAACCAGUAAAUUCGUACUCAAGAUGUGUGAACCUCAAGGUGACAAUGGGGAGAAGAUUGAUGUUGAAUUGUGCUGUUAUGGUGGUGCAGGGAAUGUUGGUGAACUUGAUACUGAAAAGAUGGAAUCGGAACAGAAGAAAAGGUUGAAGAAGCGUAAGCCUCAUCAAGGUGACAUUGAGGAAAAUAGUGGUCCUGAUUUGUGUUCUUCUGCAUGUGAAAUCGUAUUUGUUGGAGAUAAGCUGCUGUCCGAUGGAAAGAUUAAAUCCAAGCAAAAGAAGAAAAAAACAGUUGAAGAAGAGCUUGAUGAUGAGACUGAAACCCGUAAGUUCAUACUCAAGAGGCGUGAGAAGAUUGGUCCGGAAUUGUGCAGUUAUGGCGGUGGCAUUGAAUUUGUUGAAGAUAAGCUGCUAGUAGAGGGAAACAUUAAAUCCAAGGACAAGAAGAAGAAGAAGAAAGUGGUUGACCAUAAGCUGCAGCAGGAUGACUUAGCCCUUUGUUUUGUUGAUGAUAAGCUCUUGGUGGAUGGAAUGAUUAAAUCCAAGGAAAAGAGGAAGAAGAAAUAUGCUGAUAAUAAGCGGCAAAAGAAUGGUGAUCAUACCGAAACCCAUAACUUCAUACUCAAGAAGCGUGAGCCUCAAGGUGACAACAGAGGGAUUAUUGAUCCUGAUUCAGGAUUUUAUGGCUCUGAAUUUGGAUUUGUUGAGGAUGAUUUGCUUGUAGAUGGAAAGAUUAAAUCCAAGGAAAAGAAUAAGAGGAAAAAAACGGUCAAGGAUAAGCUGAGUGAGAAUUGUGAUGAUGCUGAAACCAGUAAAUUCAUACUCAAGAAGCGCGAGCCUCAGAGUGACUACAGGGAAAAUAUUGAUCUAGAAAAUAAUCUGCAAAUGAAUGGAAAUGACACAAAUGCUUAUGUUAAUCCCAAGAAAUUAAAAAAAAAUCUUUCUGCUUCUGAGAAGUGGGAUGAGGCUUACAAAAGAAAAACUCCUGAUAAUACAUGGAAGCCUCCACGGUCUGAGACUGUUCUCAUUCAAGAGGAUCAUGCUCAUGACCCUUGGAGGGUUUUGGUCAUUUGUAUGCUUCUCAACCGGACUUCUGGGAGACAGACAAAAGAGAUUGUGUUAGACUUCUUCAAGUUAUGUCCGGAUGCAAAGUCUUGCACAGAAGUUGCAACCGAUGAAAUAGAAGAGACAAUAAGGACUCUAGGUUUGCAACACAAAAGAGCAAAAAUGUUACAACGUCUAUCUGAGGAAUACUUGGACGAAAGCUGGACUCACGUAACUCAAUUGCAUGGGGUUGGGAAGUAUGCAGCAGAUGCAUAUGCUAUAUUUGUUAAUGGGAAGUGGGAUAGAGUGACACCUACAGAUCACAUGUUGAACUAUUAUUGGGAAUUCCUCCGUAGAAUCUAUCAAGCAUGAAUUGGAAUGAAAUUUCUAAUUUUGCUGUUUUUUCUGUCUUUUCUUUUCGUAUCAGUUAGAAGAGGGUUUUCCCUCUCUUUAUGGAACUACAAGUCUAAGUUUCCAAAUUGUAAUGUUUUGAGGAACAAUGUUCUAAAUAUGACCUACAACAUUUUGCAUAGGACUUUUUAUUUUACAGAUAACUAUGUAUGCACAUCACUGGUGCUAAAUUGACGAAAUUUAGUUUCCUUUUGGAUCAUGUUAUUUUUCAUUUUAAAAUGUACAAAAUUAUGCUUCUUAA